UAUGUUUUGCCCCAAAUCUAACUUAUGUUUUGUCUCCGUCCUCUGACAUAUCUAUAGGAUAUGUUGAGUGAUGGGAGUAGCAACACAGAUAAAAACAUGAAGGGUAAAGAAAAUACAAAGAAAGUGAAUGCAAAGAAGAAGAAGAAGCGAGGUGGGUCAAAGAGAAAGCUGAGUGUUGACCAGUUAUCAGCUUACAAAUCAGUCAGCGAAUGGGUUUUCUUGGGCCAAUCUUCUUCUUCUUCAAACCCCUCUUCAUCUUCAGCUGUCUCUUUUGAUGAUGAUUUUAGGGUUGUUUUUAAUCCCAAGUUUUCUGAUAAAUUGGUCUUUGAUUUGCACUCUCAUUCCAUUUGUAGUGAUGGGUAUUUAUCACCUUCUAAGCUUGUUGAAAGAGCUCAUCAAAAUGGGGUGAAAGUUCUCUCUCUGACGGAUCAUGAUACAAUGUCGGGCAUCCCUGAAGCCCUGGAAGCAGCUCAUAAAUUUGGAAUUAAGAUAAUCCCAGGUGUUGAAAUCAGCACAAUUUUUUAUCCAAGAGGGGAAUGUGGAACAGAAGAACCUGUGCACGUUCUUGCGUACUACAGUAGUUGUGGACCAGCAAGAUCUGCGGAGUUGGAGAAAUUUUUGGCUAAUAUCAGAGAUGGACGUUACCUACGUGCGAAAAACAUGGUCGCAAAGCUUAACAAGCUGAAGUUACCUCUUAAGUUGGAGCAUGUCGCAAAGAUUGCAGGUAGUGGUGUUGCUCCAGGGAGGGUGCAUGUUGCUCGGGCUAUGGUAGAAGCAGGUCACGCCGAAAAUCUGAAGCAAGCUUUUGCCCGAUAUCUUUAUGAUGGAGGACCUGCUUAUUCUACGGGAAGUGAACCUGAUGUAGAGGAAACAGUACAACUAAUACGUGAAACAGGUGGUGUAGCUGUGCUGGCUCAUCCAUGGGCAUUAAAAAAUCCAGUUGCUAUCAUCAGAAGACUGAAAGAAGCUGGUCUCCACGGGUUAGAGGUUUAUAGAAGAGAUGGUAAAUUGGCAGCAUACAGUGAUCUGGCUGAUGCUUACGAUCUUUUGAAAGUUGGAGGAUCUGAUUUUCAUGGAAGAGGUGGACAAAGUGAGUCAAAUCUUGGGAGUGUUGGUCUUCCUGUGGUUGCUGUGCACGAAUUUCUUAAGGUGGCCCGACCAAUAUGGUGCAGAGCUAUACAGGAUAAUCUGGAAGAUUUUGUUAGAGAUCCCUCAGGAUCCAAUUUGGAGGCUUUAACGAGGCUCGGGAAGAUUAAGUUCCCUAAGGGGACAAACUGCAGCAAAUAUGAAUUGAUUCAGCAUUGUCUGUCAUCAUGGUUGACCAACGAAGAAAGGCUGAAUGACGAAUUUGAGGCAUUGAAGUUAAAGGUGACUCAGGUUUUAAUUGAACAAGGCUGGGCUUCAGGCCCUGUAAGAAGUUUGUAGUGAUUUAGAAUCAGUUAAUUCAUCAAAAAUUUUGUCAGUGAUCAUUUUUGUAACAAUAGCUAGCAUACCUGGUUAAUUGAUUAUAUUUUGAUAUUAUUUAUUGAUUAUUAUAAAAGUUGAUUGCCCUGUGAA